UGAUUUUGUAUGCUUCGUAAUAAUUAUUUUUAACAUUAAUUAUUAUUAUUGUUAUUAUACAUAAUCUGUACCUAUUAGUGUACAAUAAGUGUGAAGUGCGAUUGGAAGUCAUGAUUAAUGACUUGUUGGAGAGGCCGGCCAUUGAUGAAACUUUGGAGAGUACUAGGUUGAAUUUUAAAUUGUGGCGCCAAUUUCAAUUUAAAUGCCUUUAGAGUUUAAGAGGUCACCAGGAAACUUAGCAGAUUAGAGUUUGAGACCAUAAGAUGUCAAUGAUUUAUUAGUGUGACAUUAUAAGAAUGCAAUUGUGUAUUAAAGACCUAUGACAUUUUUAAAAGAUAGAAUAGAGAGUAGGUACUUGAUGAAGUGAGUGAAUGGAGUAUAACUGGGGCUUUGGUAAUCAAGUGGAGUUAUUUCAACUAAAAUAUUUGAAUGCGAUAGGUGUUUAAAGACUUGGUUGAGGUCCCAAGUUGAAUUUUAUAGGUCUACAUGAACAUUGAUUAAAUAUUUUGUAUAUUUAAUCAAUGAUAUGAGUUUGAGUAGAUGGUAAUUUGUAGAUGAAGAUUAUUUGUUUAUGCUUGGAUGUUUACUCCGGUGUUUGGAUGUGAAAAGAUGUCAUAACAAUUCGUAAUGAUUCAACUUGAAUAGGACUGAAAUAAUAAAUAUGGAUAUUCAGUCAGUAGAUUCUAGUCGUAGUCGAUCAACUAAUCGGAAUGAAACUGUUUCGUAUCAACAAUUUCUUGAUAUGGAAAUGCUAUGUGAUCGGUUAAUACUGCUAGAUUAUGAAUCAUAUGUAGUGAAAUCAUUAAAAAUGAGACCAAUUAAUAGACAUUAUUUUGCCUUACAAACUAGUUCCGGAGAACAGUUUUACAUGUUUGUAUCUUUAGCCAUAUGGCUGUUAAGCAAACUUGGUAAAGAUUUAAAACAACCGCAAGAAUAUGAUGAUCCAAAUUCAACAGUUAACAGUAUACUAGAAUCGUCUGCACAAUUAGAAUUAUCUGUUGAUUUUCCAGUCAAUCAAUUAAAACAAGGUUUUGGAAAACAUGUCAUUGAAAUUUUAAAUGGGCUUGCAGAUUUAGUUUUAAAAAAAAAUAAUUUCCCCUUCAAAAAGCCAAUAUUUCCAGUUGAAAAAGAAGAAAUAGAAGAAUUACCUGAAAAUAAUGCAGAACUUUUAUUAGAACAUGUUGAAGAAGAAAUGGUUUGGACGGACUCUGAUUCUGAAGAAGAAAAUAUGCUUAAUAUUAAUGAUUUGACUGUUUUAAAUAAGAAUAAUAGACAAACAUCUUAUAAAACAAAUGAGAAAUUAAAAAUUACAUCUGCCAAUAAAGAAGAAUGGAACCUAGAAUUAGAACAAGUACUACCUUCAUUACGAGUAACAAUCAAGCUAGAUUAUAAAGAUUGGCGAACAAGUUUGAAACAAAUGAAGGAACACAAAUGUAUGAUGAAUGCAUCCAUAGAAAAAGUCAAGCCUCUUUUGACCAAUCUUUGUAGUACACUAGGAGAAACUAUGGAGAAAGUUUAUAGUAGAGAACAAUACUUGAACAGUUCUUUAGACAAUCUUUUAAUAGAAUACCGUAAUUCUCAGGAUGAACUAGCUAAAGUUAUUGAACAUUAUAAACUUUUAAGUAAUGGUAUUGUAGAACGACAAGAUACAUUAUUAAAAAUAACUGAACAAUUAGAUAUUGUUAAACAAGAAAUGGAUGAAAGAGGAUCAAGUAUGACAGAUGGGACACCACUAAUCAAUAUAAAAAAAGCAAUAGCAACUAUUAAGUCAGAUAUUAUGGAAAUGGAUGUUCGUAUUGGUGUAUUGCAACAUGGAUAUUUUAUGUCUAAAGUACAUGAAAAAUCUGUUAUUCAAGAUCCUAUGAUAAGGCCAAUAUUUCCUAGAACUGUGUUGUGAUAAUAUUAUGUACCUACACUUCUUCCUUGUGGCUUGCAUUAGUUACAGGUUACUAGUUAGUAAAUAUUUAAAUUUUAUGUUUUUAUGAUACAUACAUUUGUAAAUUAUAUUUUUUUUAUUAGUUACCACAUAUGAGCAAGAUGUUUUACUACAUGUACCUAUUAUAAAUUAAGUGCAAUAAAAGUUAAGACACAUUUUUAAUAAAUUACAUAAUAUUUAAUUCCA